AUGGGUCCCCAGCUUGUCGUUAAGUGUAUACCAUCUCGGCCAGUGGAGCUGCAUCGCCACUGUCGGCCAUUUUGGCGUGACCGCGUGGGGCCUUCCAAUUUCGACUUUGGGUCGCCCAGAAUACGUGUGCAGAUGGUAGCUUGCCAUGUCGGGACCGGGAUGACCCCCACCGGGACCACGAAGUGGCCAG